AUGCUAGAACUAUUUGAGGCUAUCAAGUCUGGCAACCGGCACAGCUUCCUACAGCCAGCCUCUACAAUCCCGAAUGCUUCGCUGCAGCUUGCGAAGGCCACGCUUGAUGCAUAUGCUGGACAAAUAUGCGACGAACAACAGCAGCGCCAAAGGGAAGAAAGCAAGAAGCGGAAACGAGCUGAGAACGGGCUAGGCAGAGGAGAAAUACUAAAGAUCAGGAAGCUUCACGUCGAUGGGUUUGAAAGUGGUCAAGUUUGGCAACAGGCGAGAAGAAUUAUCACAAGCGCACUGCAGGAUUCGAAAAGUGCACUCCAAGAAUUAGAAGACCAGAAGGAAAUCCAGGUGAACGGUAUCAACGGAGAUGCGCAUAUCGAUAUCGACCAACCAGCUGGAGAUGUCUCCGACGAUGAUUCAGCUGACUAUGAGUCUGCUUCAGAUAUCGAAAAUUCAGAAGGACUUCUGGAAGAUGCCGAGGAUGACGAGGAGAUGGACGAGGAGGACCUCGAGGAUGAUGCCGAAUUAUCAGAGAAUGAUAUAGAGGGGGGUCUAGAAGACAUCGACGAAGAAGAAGAUGAGAUUGACGAUGAAGAUGAGGCUGAAGAGGCCUCACAAGAGCUGGUUGAAGAUCCCAAUGGUCUCAACGAUGGUUUCUUUUCUAUCGACGAAUUCAACAAACAGACCCAAUUGUUUGAGGAUGCGGAUGCCCGAGGAGACCCGGAUGUCGAUCAUGCAAGUGACGAUGAUGAAGUAGAUUGGCACGCCGACCCACGCUCUAUAAAGCCAUCUAGUAACGGAAAGAAACCCAAGAAGUCCACUGAUGACGUUGAUGACGAGAUGCUUUCUGAUAUCGAAGACGAUGAGGAAGAUGGAGGGCCCACCUUCGGUAAUAUGGAUCUGGAUGCGCCAGAAGGAGAGAGCGAAGAAGAAGGCGACGAAAUGGAUGACGAAGAUGAUUCAAACGCCAACGAGAUCUACUAUAAAGAUUUCUUCGCCCCCCCUCAGCGAAAAGGAGCUAAAAACAGCAGAGCUCAGCACUUCAGGGAGCCUCGGCCGACAAAACUAGACGACAAUGACGUUGAUCGAGCAAUAGCUGAUGUUCGGCGAGAUUUGUUCGAAGACGAAUCAGAGAGAGAAGAUUCGGAAGAUGCUCUUUCUGACGCUUCUGCGGGCAAUCCUAAAUCCAGGAAAUCGGCACACGAAAGGCGGCAAGCUAAACUAGCAGAAGAGAUUCGCCAGCUUGAAGCUGCAAAUGUGGCUAAGAGGCAGUGGGCAAUGUCCGGAGAAGCUAAAGCUGUUGAUAGGCCGAUGAACUCUCUAUUAGGGGAAGAUCUCGACUUUGAGCACGUGGGCAAGCCUGUACCGGUUAUUACGGCUGAAGUGAGCGAGAGUAUCGAGGAUAUGAUUAAACGUCGUAUUCUAGCCCAAGAAUUUGACGAAGUUGUUAAACGGCGCCCUGAUGCCUCCGAGUUCUCGUCCAAUACUAGACGAGGACUUGUUGAUCUAGACGACACCAAAGCUAAGCAGUCACUUGCGGAGAUCUACGAGGAGGAGCACGUCAAGAACACAAAUCCAGAUUCUUACGUGAGCAAGGCUGAGAAACUUGGAAAAGAAGAGAAGGAAAUUGAGCAGAUGUGGAAGGAAGUUAGCGCGAGCCUCGAUGCUCUCACUAGCUGGCACUACAAACCUAAGCCCGCCGCACCGUCCCUCACAGUCGUAUCGGAUGUGGCAACGAUCAGUAUGGAAGACGCUCAACCUACGACUCCCAGGGCGAAUAACCCGCCGUCAGUCGGUACUCUCGAUAGGCCCGAGGACCUUAAAGACUUACUAAAACAGGACCGGGGCGAAGAUUGCCUCCCGUGCAGAGUUGUAGGAGGCGGUGCGUUUAUCGGCCUAGCGGCUUAUAGCUACUUUUCCGGCCAGCGAGAACUCGAGAAGAACCAGGCGCAAAUCAUAGCGAGGAAAUCGAUGUUCGGUAUGCGGAGUCGAAGAUUCGGCAUCGCGGCUACGUCGCUGGGGUUGGCUUGGCUAGGCGUGUGGAGUCCGCAGGAUGCAGGAUACCAGGACGAAACCCGAACCACUCCACUCUUAUACAGCACGAGUUCGCGACAAGAGCCCAGCCCAGCGAUCUUGUUGUUCGCGCGCCCUAUGUGGUGUUACUGGAAGGACGAUGCUAAUGUCAGUCGGUUGCACGAUGCGAAUCCCGGCAUGAUCUUGGGCGCGAGGGCCAUCAUAGAUAAGAUUCCCCGCUUGCCGUAUUAUGGAAAUGUGGACUGUGUCAUAGCCAAUGCUUCACGCAUCGUCGUCCAACAAUCAUUCAUCUUCUCCUUCGGUCGGAAUGGGGCUCCAAGUGACGUAGGAGAUAAUACCACCAGCUCUUUCGAAUUCCUACCCUCCGUUAGUUUCGAUGAUCUCCAGAGCAGCAUCGAGUCAGCCUCCAACGAUUUUAAACUGACACAUUUCCCUUCGCCUUCCGGCCAAGGAACCAUUCUCGACGAGCAAUCAGACAGAAUGGUCAGGCAGUCUUCGGGUACCAGCCUAAAUGGCGCAACGACCCGCACAGGAGCUCAACCAAACCCUACCCCAAAUGCAGCAGCCACCAGACCGGGGAGAUCUGGUUCAAUACUAAGAAGACCCAGCUCGUCAAACCGCCAAGUUAGCAGCAGCUCUACUGUGUCUGCGUCUUCCGGUCUCGUCGAUGCGCCGACCGCGCCUGCCGCAAUGAGAAAUAGGCGCCAGAACCAUUAUCCUCCGGUUUCUAGUACUAAUGUUGGUAAGCAGCCGAGGAAAUCGAUUGGACCUGGUGUUAUCGAGUCGGACUUUGGGACUAGAGUGCAGAAACGAAGGCCAAGCUUAAUAUCAGAUGGAUCAGAAAGAGGUAUAGUGGGUACAGCUCGGACCUCGAUUGAUAUUUCAGGGCAGUCUAGUGACGGAACGAGAGCCUAUGCAAACACACGAGCUACGAAGGCUCGUUCGGUACAACCUGCACCAAGAAUAUCAGCCAACCUCUCCGGAAGUGCUAGUACCGGUAAUGCUCUUGCUCCAGAUCAGAGCCGUAUUUCGGCAGCAUUUCCUAGGUCGCCAAGAGCAGCUGGUAAAGGUUCUACACCAAAUUCUGCAAGAAGAAUGUCUGUAAUGCCCGGAACCCAUGGUUCUCAUGUAACCGGUCUAGGUGCCAGAACUAUCUCGCCAACUGAUGCACAACGGAUGAAGCGCAUGUCGAUACAUCCUACACAGAACGUACCACAAAUUACAAACGCCCCGCCGCCACCUAUCGAAGUUCGCCCUAACUCACGCUCUCCUUCUAUGAUUCCUCGAAAGACAUCUACACCUUCGUCCUUAAGGACGACCCCAGAGCUUACUAAUAGAAAAUCUUACAGUUCGGGAUUGUCUGUUGCCUCGGUGAACAGUUUCAAUACCCACCGGACUUCAACUGGUUCUAUUCAGCGGACCUUCCCGCAAGGCGGUCCGGCAUCGAGAUUACCUGCUCCUAAAACGCUAAAUGCACAUAACCCCCCCGCAGGUGAGGAGGAGGAGGAUGUACCUCCUGUACCUGCAAUUCCCAAGGUUUACGAAUCACCUAAGGAUUCGCCAGCAGAAAUUUCUUUCCUCGAAAAAAGAAAAUCGACAUAUACGUUAGAUUCUAGUAGCGUUCACAGUACCUCCACAGGAACCCCUUCAGGUACUCCAUCACAAGAACCAAUAAAGAAAUACCAACGUAAAACCGGUACUCGAAAGCAUGCCCCACGGAAGACACUUGCAGGUCCGGAUAUUGAACAGAAGAUUGGCAUAAGUCAAUCGAAAAAGAGUCUACAACCCCUACGACUUCCACCGCUCACUCUUGGUCCACUAAGUAUAAACGAAGCAAAGAUCACAGCUUUACGAGACCAGGGUGAAGAUGACGGUAAAUGCAGUCCUCCACUCUCGCGCACGAUUCCCAAGACACCCACUACACCUAUGACAGCAUCGAGGAGCACAUUCUUCUCUAGAGGUCGUACGGAUAAAGAAUCUGAAAAAACAGUUAUGCGGAGUAAUAGUUCUAUUCACCACAGUCGAGUAGACAGCCCGGCCGGAGGAAGUUUAUCUGAAUCGCCACUUGAGUCUCUGGCUAAGAACCAAAUUCGCAAAGUCUCUGGCUCGCCAUUCCUCUCUACGGUCGCUCCUAAAAAGGAUAACAUAUUUGGUAGUAGACUGACGAAAUCUAAGACGGUUGGAGAUGUAAAUCAACCGAUUUCAAUUGAUACCAAUGUCGAAGCUAGACCACCCCAGAAGCCAUCUGGUCCACGGGCGCAGAAGUCGACGAAAGCAGGCAAUAAGUCUCCUACUGAAAAUAGUCCGGAAGAGCCUCCAACACCAUCUUCGAUGAGUAAUUUGAGAAGGAAACUAAGCUUGUCUUGGAAAAGAAGCAAUUCGAAGAGUAGUCAUCAUGCGUCUGCCGGAUCUGUUGAUAAGGCCUCCGAGAAGCAUGCUCGACAGGACAGUAUGCCACCUCCGCGAUUACCAAUUUCGGCAUCUAUAAAUAUAAGCGCGGCGAAGGCUUCUAGUCCGAGCCACACCACGAAACCAUCGGGAACGUAUUUGGAAUCCAGACGCAGGAAGAGCUCUGCGUCUAGUCUCAAUACCAUGUUUACACAGAAGAAUCGUAGCGAUGCCUGGACAAGCUCCAAGGAAGAUGUGGGUAACAACUCAAUGGUUGAGGCUUCAUCACAACCCCGGAAUUUAUCUAUGCAAAAGAUACUCCGUCCGAGGCCAUCUACUGCAUCAAUUAAGCGUCGGGAUUCUUAUACUGCAGAGUUGGAUAAGGACGAUAUGGUCGCCGAGGAUGAGAUGAGGAAGUUGGCCUUGAGGAGGAAGGAGACGGAAAUGGCGGCUCGAACGCUAGAUGCUCUCCGCAAGAGGGCAACGCCGAAGGAGCGUGUCGGUGCUCAUGAAGCAAUCCGGAUAGCCAUGCUAAACAUCUAUGAGAGGGGCGAGAUUGUCGAUUAUAACGACGUCUAUUUCUGCGGCACUCAAAAUGCUAGUAAAGUCAUCGGCGAUUUGAACUCAAAACUUCCGAACUUUGGUUAUGAUGACGAGCGCGGAGACUACUCGAUUGUUGUGGGCGAUCACCUUGCGUAUCGUUACGAGAUUGUCGAUGUUCUUGGAAAGGGCAGUUUUGGUCAAGUGGUAAGAUGUAUUGAUCAUAAAACUGGCGUGCUUGUUGCGGUGAAGAUCAUCCGCAACAAGAAGAGGUUCCAUCAGCAAGCUCUUGUCGAAGUCAAUAUUCUACAAAAGCUUCGUGAAUGGGAUCCUCAAAAUAGGCAUAGUAUGGUCAACUUUACUCACAGUUUCUAUUUCCGCGGCCAUCUCUGCAUUUCGACCGAGCUUCUUGACAUGAAUCUCUACGAAUUCAUCAAAUCCAAUGCCUUCCGCGGGUUUUCUCUCAAGCUCAUCAGACGAUUCACCAAACAGAUGUUGAGCUCUCUCAACCUCCUUAAGCAGCACAAGGUGAUCCAUUGCGAUCUUAAGCCGGAAAACAUUUUACUUCGGCAUCCUAUGCAUUCCGAAAUUAAGGUCAUCGAUUUUGGUUCUAGUUGUUUUGAAAACGAAAAGGUUUAUACAUACAUUCAAUCCCGAUUCUAUCGAUCGCCUGAGGUUAUUCUAGGAAUGACUUACGGCCUACCAAUUGACAUGUGGAGUUUGGGUUGCAUUCUCGCCGAGUUGUACACCGGUGUCCCUAUUUUCCCCGGUGAGAAUGAGCAAGAACAGCUUGCUUGCAUUAUGGAGGUAUUUGGUCCGCCUGAAAAGCAUCUCAUUGAGAAGAGUACGAGGAAGAAGCUUUUCUUUGAUUCGAUGGGCAAGCCGCGCUUGACCGUAUCUUCAAAAGGUAGGAGGCGCCGUCCAUCCUCCAAGACACUUCAACAGGCCAUCAAAUGUGAUGACGAACCAUUCCUCGACUUCCUCGGACGGUGCUUACGAUGGGAUCCGGACCGCCGUCUUAAGCCCGAAGAGGCUAUACGUCAUGAGUUCAUUACCGGUCAGAAAACAUCUGUUCCUGUACCUAGAACACGCGAGUCCUCUCCGGUCAAGCGUCACAAUACCAUUUCAACGCCGCGGCCCCUACCCGAACCCCCGGGACCCGGUAAGAGCGGACCAACCCUACGUCCCAGAGAAACAAACAAUAGCCCUCUGAAGCCAGGCGGGGCAGCGAGACGGACAUCUGCUUUCACCGGGCUUACUUCCGGUACAAAAAGAGCUAGUGCGGGAACAGCUGCAACAGUAGGCAACAGCAACCUCCCCCGUGUGGCCGGCCGAACUGCUAGCGGCAAACAAGAUCUGGCCUCGGUGGGGGCUAAUGUUGCUAUGAGUCGACGAGCUUGA